AUGGACAUCGAAAGACUAAUUAACAGUGUGCGUGAACGCUCCGUGUUGUGGGAGCAGAAAAAUAAAUAUUACCACAAUAGGGAUUUUGUUCGUCAAGCGUGGAAUGAAAUAGCUGAAGAUUGUGGAACAGACAGCGAGGCACUGAAGAAUAAAUGGAAGCACCUACGUGACACUUUCCGCUCUGAACUCAAAAAACCUCGUGCUGAAUGUUCAGGAGACGAAGGUGGCAUGCCGCAUUUCCAAUCCAAUUGGCCGUGGUACGAGCUAAUGACAUUCCUGACUGACAUAAUGACGCCACGGAAGACCAACACUAAUGUUCAUCACAGUAAAAGAACAGCAUCGCAACACGACGACGCACACGACGACGUACCAUUUUCACCAGCUCUUACAGAGAAACAGAGCGUUUCACCUGAUGGAACCAAUCAAGCCAGGUUUCAAGACUGUCUCCCGAGGCUUUUUCACUGGAAUUCCUCCCCCGGCGAGGCGGAAACCCCCAGCACGGGCGCUCCUCACCAGAGGGUGUCGCCCGCCAACAACGUAAUCACCCCGCAGCGCAAAGAGUGGUCCUCGUGCCGGCGCCGCAGCCUCCCCGCGUAA